AUGCCACUUUCUACUUCUUACACGCCCCUUUCCGGCGCGACUCAGGAACCCCGGCCCUUACUCGGAAGAAGACCUGGCAAGGCGCUUGAAAUGAAGGAUCCUAGAGAGGUGGCUGCCAGUAAGCUGAAGGAGUUAUCAUUGCCAGAAACCAGCUCUCUGGUUGCUCCGUCAAGCCGGUCGGAAACUCCUACAGGAAUAUCUACCACGUCAGCAUCUCUUAAUGUGGAAGAAACUUUUUCAGUGAAGCUAGACCAAUAA